UCUGUAUCAUGUGACCAAACAGUCACAUGGUCUGCUGACAUCACCAGGGUCUUUCUCCUGGGUAGGAACUAGCCGCUACAACUUUUGAGAGAAAUGAAGAAUGUGAACUUUUUGACGACUCAACAAUGUGAUCUUGUAAUCAGGAGCACUCUGAAGGCAGGAGGAGCCAGAUGGACUGGCAGGCAACCCCAGAAGAGUAAAAGAGCAGAAAAGUGUGACACAUUAAAAAAAAAUCCAACAUUUAAAUAACUUUAAGGGAUCUGUACAGGGAAGAUCAGCAUCUGAACCCAGAGAAGCUGGAGGCUGAUAGACUGGAGGUCCACUUGAAGCUGGUAUUAAUACAUCAGUUCGCUGACUUGAAAACACAAUGCCACAUGGAAGACUGAGGGUUUCCCAUAAUGGGCUGUGGGACAAGCAAAGUGCUUCCUGAGCAUCCAAAGAACAUUCAGCUGGACUUGGUAAAAAAAGUGGAGCCCUACUUAAUGCCAAAAAGUGACCAGUAUAAACAUUUUAUUACAGACUAUGGCAGAAUAGAGACCAAAGGAGGUUCGCCAACAACACCAUAUCCUUGUGGCAACCAGCAUGGCCACUCAGAAACUGCUGAUCCUCGAAGACAUAAAGUAGCUAAAUACAGAGCAAAGUUUGACCAAAGAGUGACUGCAAAAUAUGAUAUUAAGGCUCUUAUUGGUAGAGGAAGUUUUAGCCGUGUUGUCAGGGUAGAACAUAAGGCCUCCAAACAACCAUAUGCAAUUAAAAUGAUUGAAACCAAAUACAGAGAAGGCAGGGAGGUGUGUGAGUCAGAACUUAAUGUGCUGAGACGUGUGCGUCAUACAAAUAUUAUCCAGCUUAUUGAGGUCUUUGAAACGCAGGAGAGGGUAUAUAUGGUAAUGGAAUUGGCUACAGGAGGAGAACUUUUUGACCGCAUAAUAGCCAAGGGCUCCUUCACAGAACGAGAUGCCACUCAUGUGCUACAAAUGGUUUUGGAAGGGGUUAAAUACUUGCAUACUCUUGGAAUCACACAUAGAGACCUAAAACCUGAAAACCUCCUAUAUUAUCAUCCAGGAACAGAUUCUAAAAUUAUGAUUACAGACUUUGGUCUUGCAAGUGCACGAAAAAAAGGAGAUGACUGUUUAAUGAAGACAACCUGUGGAACACCAGAAUAUAUUGCACCUGAAAUUCUGGUAAGGAAACCGUAUACCAAUUCUGUGGACAUGUGGGCACUUGGAGUUAUAUCUUAUAUUCUACUUAGUGGAACUAUGCCUUUUGAAGAUGAUAACAGAACACGUUUGUACCGACAAAUUUUAAAGGGAAAAUACAGCUACUCUGGUGAGCCUUGGCCAAGUGUUUCAAAUCUGGCAAAGGACUUCAUUGACCGUCUGCUGAUGGUGGAGCCUAGUGAAAGAAUGACAGCAUCUCAAGCUCUUAAACACCCUUGGAUUGUAAGCAUGGCUGCAUCUUCAUCCAUGAAAAAUCUUCACAGGUCUAUUUCACAGAAUUUGCUCAAGAGAGCUUCAUCCCGAUGUCAGAGCACCAAGUCAGCACAGUCUGUUCGUUCCAGUCGCUCCAACAAGUCAACAAAAUCACGAAGAGUAAGAGAACGAGAACUUCGGGAACUCAAUUUGCGUUACCAGCAACAAUACUAUGGAUAACAUUGUUCAAAAAAAUGUUUUAUUUUUUUUUAUUGUCAAUGACUUUUGCCUUUUAAUGGAAAUGGUGUUAUUUGGUUAUUUUAUUGCAUCCCUUUUAUGAAAUACGCAUUCUUUGUUUAUUAAGAUAAUGAUUAUAUGAAAUCAUUUUAGGGGUUGUAAGGGGCAAGGAGGUAUUUCUUCAAUGUAUUUUUUUAUCUAUCUGUUUGGUUGAGCCUUUUCUCCUCCUUAUGCCACAAAUACUGUUUGUGCAUUUGUUGUCAUUGAGUAAUGUUCUUGGGUUAAAUUACACUUGCUUCGACUUCAACAUACAUUAAAGCGCUUACCGCGUUAAAGUUU